AUGGCCUCCCCAAGCCAAGAGCACGUCCUGCGUGUGCCGAGAAGUGACAGCGAGGGCAACUUCGUUCUGGUCAGCGUCAAAGCCAACGGGCCCGCUCCUCUUGACCUUACAAUUCAAGCCACGGAGGGUGAAAGUCCUUAUGCUGCAGAAAUAACCCAACGCCAUGCUUCUAAUCUACGCGAGAAGAAAUAUCAAAAGAGCAAGGAAGAAUGGGCAAUUAGGCUCGAAUCGAUUCUGCUGCAGCGAGCUCUUUCGGAACCCGGCGACUCUGUCAAAGAACCUGACAAGAUCGAGCUUGUUGCCACCGUCUCAGGCAGCCAACUCGAGUUAAUCGUCCGCAGGAAUCUAGAGGGCAUAACACAACGCCUCGGCCAGAUUUGCCUCCCGCAAGACGAUGACGUUGAGAUUGAUACCGUCGGCUGGGCACACACAGCCGUCAGCCGUGCCGACACUUUGAGCACAGAGAUCUACGCCCUAAAUUUGAAAUGCAAAGAGCAAGAAUCAAUCAUCCAGCAACUAUCCCAGCAACUUGAGGACCUAGCUUCUACAAAGCAAGAGUAUAAGAAUGCGAUUCUCAGCAAGUUUUGCGAUCUGCUGAAUGCGAAGAAAUUGAAGAUUCGAGAUUAUCAGCGGAUCCUUGCAGGGGCGAAAGUGGAUGAGAAGGAACUGGCGAAGGAGCAGAGUGCACGCUCGAAAGCUGGGGGUGCGGAUAGACAAGUAGCGAAGUCUUCGAGGAUGGGAAAGAGGAAGGCUGAGGAGGCGGGUCAGGAGGAAACUGACGAUGACGAGGCGUUUGCUAAGCAGGUAGAGGUUGAGAAAGAGGACAGUGAGGAAGAAAAAAAGGAGACGCCGGAGGGUAGCGAGGAUGAGGAUGUGACUGAAGACGACGAUGAAGAAAGUGAUAUCCUGGAUCGCAGGACCGGGACGACGGCCGGUGCGGAAAAGACUUCAGACACACCGCCACCAAGCAGAGAUCUGCCGUUUGGAAAGAAGGAUGAGGGGGGAACAAAAUCGGGGUUGGAUGGGGCAGCCAUAAACCCUGGUAGAAAAUCGAAUUCGGCUCAUGAAGCUGGCAAUGAGGACGAUGAGACGACCGAAGACGAUGAAUUAUGA